AUGCCACCUGUAAAAGACGAAGAACCCUCGACAGGUCUACCAACUACAUCGGCCAGAAUUCAACAAAUCUUUUCUGAGAUUCAAUCACAACUGCCAAGUGUGAAUUUUGAUAAUGAUGAUCAAAAUGAUGACAACGAAGAAAUUUUUGAAUCAAAUAUUCCUGAAAAUACCGACGCUCUAAUUGAAUCGUUAUUAAAUAAUAAUAUAAAUUCAUUUCUAACAUUACAUCCAAAAAUUGAAGCACCACAACAACCACCAAGUGUUGAAUUACAAAUGCGUGCUUCGCCUAAUCUAUUUGAUAAUGCAUCACAAAAUCAAGAAGCAAUGUCAAAACCAUCAGUUCUAUCAAUGGAUCUUUUUAAUAGUAUUGAUUUUGAUAAAUUACCAUCUUUAAAUCCAAAUCUAAAUCAUUCGCCUCAAAAUCCAAAUCUCACACCAACAUAUCAUCGACCACGACCCAUUAAUCAUCAGAGUUUAUCAUCUCAAGAUGCAACAAAUAUAAAAAGUCGUGAUGAUCGUCAAGUUCUUGAACGCUUAGCUCAACAAGCAAAUAAAUUGAAUAUUCAUGAAAGAUCACAAUCUACACGAGAACAAAAUCCAUUUAGAAAUUUAGAAUCUGCUCUAUAUGAAACAUCAUAUGAACAUUUUGAUCGUCAUGGAAGAAGAAUAAAAAUAGCUGAAUCGGAACGCAAGACAAUUUAUAUUGAUUUACGUAAUUCGAAUAUUCAAAAACAAGAAAAAUCUGAACACGAACAACAAUCAGUUAAUGUUAGUAAUCCUAUUACACAACAAAUACAAUCAUUAGAAUCUGAAAGCGAUGAUGAUGAAGAUGAUGAUCAUAAUGAUGGUAUGCUAUGGUUUGAAAAACGACAACAAGCAAAAAGACAACAACAAUUGAAUUCAUCCAAAUAA